AUGGCUCCUACAGUUCUUCACCUCCGUGCGGAGGACAAGCCCCUCGAGCACAGAUCUGCGCUUACCCCCACCACAACCCGGGCUCUUAUCUCCGCCGGCUACAAGGUCAACGUCGAGCGCUCUCCCACAUCAGCUAUCCGCAAGCGAAUUUUCGAUGACUCGGAGUUCGAAAAGGCGGGUGCAACACUUGUCCCCGAGGGCAGCUGGGUUGAUAUCCCGAGCGACCACCUGGUCAUUGGAUUGAAGGAGCUGGACGAGACCAAGGACUUCCCACUGAAACAUUCGCAUGUCACCUUUGCGCAUUGCUUCAAGAACCAAGGCGGAUGGGAGAAGGCUCUUGGACGAUGGAGCAGAGGUGGCGGUGUGUUGUAUGAUUUGGAGUUUUUACAGGACGACAAAGGUCGAAGAGUUGCUGCAUUCGAGCACCCUGAUGGCACCCCACUUCCUGGCGUUGACGAGUUUACCGAUGGAAAGGGAUACUAUGUCAGUGAGGAUGAGAUGCUGCAGCAGAUCCGUGGCGAUGUCGCUAGGGGUGAGAAGAUCGCUGGUCGCCGCCCACGAGUCUUGAUUAUUGGAGCACUUGGUCGAUGCGGAAGGGGUGCUGUCGACGCCUGUGUUAAGGCAGGAUGCGAAGAUAUUCUCCGAUGGGACAUGGCUGAAACCGCAAAGGGUGGACCAUUUACUGAGAUUGUCGAAUCUGAUAUCUUCAUCAACUGUAUUUACCUGAGCGAGGAGAUUGCACCAUUUGUCAACAUGGAUAGUCUCAAGGGGUCAAACAGAAAGCUCUCUGUUGUCUGUGAUGUCAGCUGUGAUACCUCCAACCCACAUAACCCAAUUCCAAUCUACAAUGCCAACAGCACUUUUGACAAGCCAACUAUCCAGCUUAGCCUCUCCAACCCACCGCUUAGCGUGAUUUCGAUUGAUCACCUACCCAGUCUCCUCCCAGCCGAAUCAUCUGAUGCAUUCUCAAAUGACCUUCUACCUUCCAUGCUUGAAAUCCAGAACCGCUCAUCCCACCCGGUCUGGCAACGUGCUGAGGAACUUUUCAGGAAGAAGGUUGCGACUCUCCCUGCUGAGUUGCAGAAAGUCGAGCAUGAUGAGCAUGUGUAG